UACAAUUGGUUCGCUUCCAUUUUGGCCCAAUCCUUCCAGUUUCAGAUAUUUUCCUUCUGCCUUUUUAACUAAUUAUUAUAAUUAACAAUCAUUAAUUAUCUUAAUUAACUUUCACUAGUAAUUUAUAAUCAUUAUCAUCAUUUGUCCCUUUUCGCCGCUCCUCCCUUUUUUUUUUUUUUUUGUUUCUCUUUCUGUUUGUUUCUUCUAAUUUCUUUCUUUUUCUCUUCCCUUUAAUAUUCCUUCUCUGCAUAUCGAUUUCCAGUCUCGGAAUUCUCUCUAUUCUUCUUCAUUUCCUCUGGUUACACAGGUUGGAAGGAAGCGAAAUUGAGAUCUAUAAUAGUUUGUAAUAUGGCGGAGGAGCAUAGAUGGCAAGCGCCCGAAGGUCACCGUCUCUGCGCCAAUAACUGUGGAUUUUUUGGAAGUCCCGCCACGAUGAACCUCUGCUCCAAAUGUUACAGUGACUAUUGUCUCAAGGAACGACAACAACGACAAGCAUCCAUUAAAGCCUCUCUCUACGUUUCAUCUUCUUUAUCUUCUGUCCCGGCCGGCGAUUCUCAGCCUCCUCCGGCGAUCGCCUUGCCGGAGGUUAAGAGUCAUACGACGGAGGUUCCGGCGGCGGUUGAGCAUCCUAGUCGGUGCUUCAUGUGCAGGAAGCGGGUUGGAUUGACCGGGUUUAAGUGUCGCUGUGGUACCAUGUUCUGUGGGACCCAUAGGUACCCGGAGAAGCAUGGCUGCACCUUUGAUUUCAAGAAAGUCGGAAGAGAGGAGAUCGCGAGGGCCAAUCCUCUCGUCGUAGCUGAGAAACUCGAGAAGAUUUAAUCUGGACCGUUGGAUCUUAUGAAUCGGAUAAAAACAACAAACAAACCAUAACGAUGAUCGGCCUUCAAUAGGACAAAAAAAAAACCACCACCGUCGAUCACAGCCGCGUAUCACACAGCUGAUCCGGCUUAGCUCUGUGGAAUUGAUAAUCUUUUCUAUAUCUUCCUUCUUAAUAUUAUUAUAAAAUUAUAUUCUCAAUCAA